AUUGGGAAAGAGAGACAACUUUGUGUGCGGCGAAUCCAGCAAAGCAAUGUGAUUGUGAUGUAACAGUUUGUCUUUUAUAUCAAAGCCGAGUUAUAUAAUAAUUCUGCUUCCGAUUCUUCCUUUCACUUUUCACUUUCCAAUACCCUCCUCGUGAAACCGAUCCGGUAUGGCGAGCCUAUGGCGCGCAGUAUCCGGUUCAAUCGAAAACCAAACCGAUUACGACGGCAUAGAAUUCUGGUCUAACCCGGAACGAACCGGUUGGUUAAUGAAACAAGGUGAAUACAUCAAAACAUGGCGACGUCGUUGGUUCGUACUUAAACAAGGGAAGCUUUUCUGGUUUAAAGAAUCAACAAUCACACGCGUUUCAAAACCGCGUGGUGUUGUUCCUGUUGCUACUUGUUUAACUGUUAAAGGUGCUGAAGAUAUUCUUCAUAAACCUUUUUCGUUUGAACUUUCUACACGCGCUGAUACCAUGUAUUUUAUUGCUGAUUCUGAUAAGGAGAAAGAGGAUUGGAUUAAUUCUAUUGGAAGAUCUAUUGUUCAACAUUCUAGAUCUGUUACUGAUUCGGAGAUCGUUGAUUAUGAUAAUGCUAAACGUUGAUUAAUCGCUGUUCACGCGCUUUGCCGUUGUUUUCUGUUAUUCACGCGCCUUGUUUAGGUAAUUUAUCUUCUUUUUUUUGGAUUGUGUAUAUUGUUAUAUUAAAUUAAGAUAUUUUUGUUUGGUUUUGUGAAGAAACUAUGUUUAUGUACUCUGAAUUGUUAAUUAGAAUGAUUUUAGAAUCCUUUGGAAUGUGUUUGGAAGAGUUUAUCUAAA